CAACUGGCUGUGCGGGCGUUACUCAAACACAUUUGUAUAAGAUUUUAUAGACUUCCAUUGAAUGUCUGAGUCAUUUGUAACUUUCUCGGCAGCUUACGGUACGUGUGUCUCUCUCGUUAAAAAUGACAAACGUCGACCUCGCCCAAGUUGGAAAAAACUUGUUGAAAAGCGGUGAAACUGGAGAGAAUGUGGAGCUUCAGUCUCUGUGGCAGGAUCAGCCAGUGGUCUUCUUCUUCCUGCGCAGGUUUGGCUGUCAGGUGUGUCGGUGGACUGCAUCAGAGGUCAGCAAACUAGAGCCAGACCUAAGGGCCAGUGGGGUAGCCCUGGUAGGUGUUGGACCAGAAGAGUUUGGAUUAAAGGAGUUCAAGGAUGGAGGCUUUUUCAAAGGAUCCAUUUAUGUCGAUGAACAAAAGAAAACCUACAAGGAUUUAGGCUUCAAGAGGUACACAGCUAUUAGUGUGCUGCCUGCUGCUAUCGGGAAGAAAGUUCGAGAAGUAGCUGCCAAGGCCAAAGCUGAUGGCAUCCAGGGCAACUUCUCUGGGGAUCUACUCCAAAGUGGAGGCAUGCUUAUUGUAGCCAAAGGUGGGGAAAAGGUGUUGCUACACUUUGUCCAGGAAUCACCUGGAGACUACGUACCUCUGGAGGAUAUUUCCAAUGCUUUGACUAUCUCCACCACAGCAAAAGCAGGAGAAAAGCCGGUGUGCAAUGAUGAUGUCUGUACGCGAUGAAGAAGGAGCUGCCUAUCAGACACACCGACAGGCUGAAAUGGAAAUUGAAAAAGCGCAGUGACUCCAAAUGCAACAGUGAACUCACGAAUGUUUGCCAAAAUUCUUAACUGCUUGAUACUCCUUUUUUACUCUUAUUAAUAUAUUAUAUUCUGUAAAAGCUAUAGUGACCUCCCUCUUUAAUUGUUAUAAGUUAAUUAUGAUGAAUUAUGAUUGUUUUUUACUAGCUUUUUAUGAAUAUACCUCUAUUGCACUCGCAGUUUCUGAUUUGAAAUAAUUAUGUUGUAUUAAAGUGAAAACUAACACAUUG